AUGAACCGCGAGGCAUGGAACACCGACCCUGGUGACGGCUGCGGACCAAACUGCACCAUCUGGCGCAACGAAACCCCCGUCUGUGGUAACUGGGCAUACCUGUUCUCGUUCAACAGCCCGGUAAACCGCUCUUUGCCCAGCAUCAGCCGUCCAAGAACGUUCCGGCUCCCGUCGAUCGUGUUGGAAACAACCGUGAAAUUGUCCAGCGUGAUCAGCUCCAGCUGGUUGCCCACAAGAACCAGCAACAGUAACAGCAUGAACGGCAGCCAGAAGAAUAACAGACGCUUGUCUGCGUCCAACGUCUUUUGCGAAGCCUUGAGCGAAAUCUCCAUCGGAGACGUCGUGGUGCUCUCCUGCAGCUUGGCUUUGGCGCUCUUCUUGGACUCCGAGUCGUGA